GUACACGCGGCCUGAAUGGAAAGUUUAACGUAGUUACACGUGUCACGGAACAUGUCAAAUAAAUCAACUACGUAUAAAACAACUACGUAACAAAAAGAACUCCUGAAUAUCUGCUGCAUUUAUUAUUCGAUAUUACUGACCGAUUUAAUAAUCUUAGAGGCGCAUGAGCCACGCUUGCGCGCCGUAAAGACACGGCGGCAAAGGCUGUGGCGUACGAAGUCUUCGUCCUUCCAGAUCCUCCGGAUUCUGUUAGUAAAAAUCGACGAAGCGAAGACGAAGGUUCGUGAACCACAGUACUCGACGAAUUACAAAUAAAGAAUAACUAACUUUGAAAACGAUAAGAUUGUCUUCGAAACUGUAAAAUGUUCUGGAGAUUUUAUCUACUGAUUUUACUUUCUUUAAAAAAUGCCUCUUGCUUAUCCUGGCACGAUCAUCAAAAUAGAGGAGAAUAUUCCGAGAGGAAAGAUAUUCACUCUGUCCCGCUUGGCUCGGAAGCCACUUUUCAUUGGAGAGUCGAUUUCAUGAGCGAAACCAUAAUUGCCGAGAUCCAUUACGUAGGCGCCGACAAUACCUGGUUUGCAAUCGGUUUUUCGAAUUACGGGGAAUUGAAAUCAGCUGAUUAUUGCGUCCUGUGGAUUGAUUGGCAUCGUCAAAUUCAGCUACAAGAUGCUUGGGCGGAUGAUGAAGGAAAGUUGAAUCUGGAUCAGCAACAGGAUUGUGAGAAUUUCGCAUGGAGAAGAAGAGGAAAUGUAACGAAGUUCACCUUCACGAGGAAAUUCGACACUUGCGAUGAGAACGAUUAUAUUAUGGAAAGAGGCACCACGCAUUUGGUAUGGUUGAAGGGCUUGGGACCGCUCUCGUCCCUGGCUGGUUUGCAGAUCUCCGACGCGGAUGCUUCCGGCAUGUCCAGAACAGAAUUGAUCAGGGUGGUUCACAAGAAGCCGGCUUUUCCUUCGAACGCUUGGCAAUUAGAAGUCAUGGCUGACCGUGUAAAGGUACCGAACAAGGAAACGACUUACUGGUGCCGCGUACAAAAAUUACCACCAGUUCUGGCUCAAAAGCACCAUAUUCUACAAUUUGGCCCGAUUAUACAAACGGGCAAUGAUCAUUUAGUGCAUCACAUGGAGGUUUUUCAUUGCGCCGGACCGCCGAGUCUUCAAGUUCCUAUGUACGACGGCCCCUGCGAUGCAGCUAACAGGCCAGACAAAACUCAAAUAUGUAAAAAGGUAUUGGCAGCAUGGGCAAUGGGAGCAGACGCUUUCGUCUAUCCAGAGGAAGCUGGCCUCUCUAUCGGUGGCAAGGAUUUCAAUCCUUACGUGAUGCUAGAGGUUCAUUACAACAAUCCUGAGCUCCAGGGUGGGAACAUUGAUUCCUCUGGAAUUCGGUUUAUUCUUACCAAGAGUCUUCGGAAAUAUGACGCCGGUGUGAUAGAACUGGGCUUAGAAUACACGGAUAAAAUGGCGAUUCCUCCGCAACAAGAAGCGUUUACUUUGUCGGGACACUGUAUACAAGAGUGUACAGGUGUUGGUUUACCGCAGCAUGGUAUUCACGUGUUCGCGUCUCAACUUCAUACGCAUUUAACAGGCACAAGAGUUGUGACUCGACAUAUCAGGGACGGCGAGGAAUUACCUAUGUUGAAUUACGAUAAUCAUUAUUCCACACACUUUCAAGAAAUUAGACUUUUACCGAAGCCUGUCGUCAUCUUGCCCGGAGACUCUUUGAUAACGACUUGCACGUACAAUACAGUGAAUAGAGAGAACGUCACUUUGGGUGGAUUUGCUAUUUCUGAUGAAAUGUGCGUGAAUUACAUUCACUAUUACCCUAACGCUCGGCUAGAGGUUUGCAAGAGCGCCAUCAGCGACGAUGCUCUCAGAACGUAUUUUCGAUACAUUCGGGAAUGGGAGAAUCAACCAACUAACGAUGAACAAGGCAUCUCGUCUAACUAUAAAAGCAUCGAAUGGACCAAAGUUCGUGUACAAGCUCUCCAUGACUUGUACGAAGCUGCGCCAUUAGGAAUGCAAUGCAACGGUUCGGAUGGGACUCGACUUCCCGGGCUAUGGGACAACAUAGCGGCUACGCCGGUUAAACUACCCUUACCUCCGCCUGCUCGCAGUUGUCCGAAUUUAUCGUUAAAGGAGAAAUUAUUAAGCUCCUUGUAAAAAUUAUUUUCUGUCACACAAUAUUUAUAUCUAUUUUCAAAAACGUUAACGAAAUGAAAGUUUAUGUCGAAAGAUGUAUAAUCUAUUAUAGAUUUCCAGUGAUCCGUAGACGUUUAAACUCGAUCAGCUUAUAAAUAAAAUGCUUCGUUAGACGGUAAACACGUCGA